AUGUUUCAAGAUAAGCUACAGGAGAUGUUGAAUGACUUUCAUCAGCGAGCCCGUGUUGAGCUGGUUGCAAUUGAACCUGCAGGCGAGCCACACAAAACAUACAUUGUGUUCAUGUCUUUUGAUGCAUCCAAAACUGAGGAAGACAUCCCCCUGCCUGUUGAAGAUCAGCUGGACUACAUUCACUCCCUGAAUACAGACCACAUGACAGUUACAGAUGGGCUCAUUUAUUGGGAAGGUCCUGAUCUGUGUGCUUUCUCCAAACAAACUUUGUGUCCUCUUAACUCUCUGUGCAUCAACACCCUGGGCUCCUACGCCUGUUUGUGCCAACAUGGCUACUACGAUGUGAGCUCUGUCAUCGACCCCCCUGUGGCUUCACAUCCAAUCUGCAAUGAAAAAGGACUUUUCAGCCACUGUCUGGAUAAACUUAUGACUGGUAGUAUAGCAAAACCCUACCUGACUUCUCACAUCGGGGGAGAGUUAGACGUGAGGCUGAACGAUGGCUGGUGCCCUGUGGAUGAGACGGAGAUGUUCUACUACUUCCGCAUCUCACGAAAAGCCUCUGAAUGUGGAACUGAGAGGCGGGUGAACAAAACCCACAUCCAGUUACAAAACACUCUGACUGUGACCAUCAGAGAUCAAAUCAUCACCCGACAGGAUCUAAAAGUCGUCUGGAAGUGCAUCUACCCGCGGCGUUAUGUACGCAACGCUCAAGUCAGUGUGGAUGUUGAGUGGCACUCCUCCGCCUCCCUGGUGGCGUUCAACUCCUCCCUGCAGCUAGGCCUGACCAUGACCCUGCACGCUGAUGAGUCUUACACCGACAGCUACAGGGAUGCCAUAACCAUGGGGCCUGAGGACACUCUGUUCUCCCAGGUGGCCCUGCAGACCAACAACUCCUUUGCUUCAGACGUGCUCCUGCAGGUGGACUCAUGCUGGACCACUGAAAGCUCCGACCACUAGGACACAGUCCAGGGUGUCCUUCUUCAGGAUGGCUGUGCUUUUGACCACACGUUCCAGUGGCUCUCUGUAAACGGCCUGGCACAGAACAGCAGAUUUUCCAUUCAGAUGUUCACCAUGCCCAAAGGGUUGCCCAUCUACAUUCAUUGCCUGGUCAACAUAUGUGGACAUGAUGAAGACUGUACAAAGAAUUGCAGCAGCCAGCAGCGCACCAAGCAGUCAGGGAGUCAGAUGGACGGAGAGGGGGCCCAAGCUGCUGUAGUGUCUGCUGGACCUCUGGUGGUCAACAGGAGGGGGACGUCAGCUGUCCCAGCGUCUUACUGGCCAGAGCAUAUGACCAUGAUCCCCAUUGUGGCCGGAUUAAUAGGCUUUCUGGGAGUAACCGUACUCUCAGUGAGUGCAACCAAAGCAAUCAUGACUUACUAUGAGCAACUACGGCUGCAAUAAAGUGUUUGGAACACCAUUUGUGAGUGUGUAAUGAUGAUCAUGGAGACAGUUAACUGUAAAUAACAAGACAGACAUGACAGAAAUGAAACCUAUCUUAUGAAAAUGUUUCAUAUAAAAUCACUUUCAAAGUGGACGUAGCAGGAUGACUUCUCAGGCUCAGUAUAGCAGGACUAUGAAUGGAUUAUAGGCCAUUGUAGCACACCUACACUUGGUCUUCAGUCAGCCUAAACCGACCUGCUGCUAGCCCGUUCACCUGAAUUGCUGUGUAGCCAGGUAAGCAAGUGUGCGUUUCCUGGGAUGGCGAAGGUAUGACCCGCCCUACCCUGCCUCUGAUUGGCUAGUACUCGUUGCCUUGGUUGGCUGGAUUGGCUAGGUUUAGCCACGAGGAGUGAGAUUUGUUAGGGUAAGGAUACCAGGGUAAUCCAAUCAGAGGUAGUGUAGGGUGGGACAUGCCUUCACCUUCCUAGGCAACACAAUUAUGAACUUUAUAAGGUCAAUCUUGUGUUUACAGCUUGUUGCACUGCCCCAUAUAGGCUGAACAACUACCUGUCUGCUGGUAAUUUGUUAACCCUUAACCCUUUGUAAAUCCUUGUGUUUAUUAAAGAGUUUUAAAAGUG